UUAAGUGAAAAAUAAUUGAAAAAAGGGGGACUAAUUUGAAAUUAAAUCGAAAACUUGGGGGGCCAAAAGUGAAUUUUACCCCAUUACAUACACAUUCUUAACCAUAAUUAGAGAGAAAGUCUUAGCCACCCUGUUUUUCAUCAUCAUCAACACUUGACUUCCACCUCAUAUUCUUCCCUCCACCGCUGUCUUUUUCUCUGCUAAAAACUCAUCAACAUCGACAAAGUCCUGCUGAGAAGUGGAAAAGCAAACACACACACACACACACACACAGCUUCUGCUUAUUUUAAUCAGCUUUUCUUCACAUGCAUAUACAUACAUAUAUGCAUACGAGUAGCAAACGAGCUGAGUCUAUUAAGCUGCUAAGAUGGCAGCUUUUCUGUAGUUGAAUUUAGAAGCAGUUCGUACAAGUGAUGAUGGGGAAGAAGAUGAAGAGGACAAAGGAGGUAUCAUCUGUAGCAAUAGCAGCAGAAUCGUCAUCGACAGAAUUAGCAGUACAGAGACAGACGCCGAGGAAAAGAGGGAGGCCCCGGAAAGUAAUUCAGAAAGUUGACGAGGAAGAGGAAGAAGAACUGGUGGGCGGCGGCGGCGGCGGUUCCAAGAAAGCAACAAGUGGUGGGGAAGGAGAUGAGGAGAAAAAAGUAGAGGAAAUUGAAGAAGAAACGAUGGGCUCAAAGGGGGAAGAAGGGGAGUCGGUGAAGCAGCAGCAGGAGGGUCUGAGGAGGAGCAGUAGAGGUAGGAGGAAGAGCAGCAAGCCCAGGAAGAGCAGCUGAUAUUGAUCACUCAGUUUGAUGUUUUGUGGUUCUUGUUUUUUGUUUGAAUUGUACAGAUGAUGGAUGAUGAUGGUAGGGAUUAGGAGAUGGGAAUAUGGGGUUGGGAUUGGUGUCAAUUAUUGACUUUUGUUAUGCCAAAAGAAAGAAAAGAGGAAAAGUGAAUGGUGAUGAAGAUUAACAUUCCUUA